CAGCUGUGGAAAAAUUGGACUCAGGCCCAUUCAAAAGCUCGUUGGACAGUCGUGAUUCUCCAAUCCCACAACCCCCAUCGCCGGUCUCUGCUGAGGCCAACAGACAUAUGCAGCUUUCACUUCAAUAGUCUAUCACUCCUCUCCACUCUGCACUCCGUCUGGUUGACAUCGCCAUCGACUCCACACCAACAAAGCCGUCCAUCCAGAAAUUCACCAUGCCCUUCGGCCCCUUCAUCCUUCAAUGGCGCACCCCCAGUCCCAACCCACCAGCUCCAACUCCCCUCCCUCCAGGAAUCACUCGCACAUACAUCCCAACUUCCGCUGGACCCUUGGAACUCCUCUCCUCCCUCCCCUCAUCCACCUCUGAUCCUACCCAACCCGAAAGGCCCCCACUCUUCUUCGCCCAUGGCGGCUUUGGUUGCGCAUUUUUCUGGGUUCCGUACAUGCAAUUCUUCAGUGCGCGGGGAUAUCCAUGCUAUGCUGUGUCGUACCGUGGGCACGGAGGCAGUUGGUACCCCGGGUUAUUGAGAAUGUACUUCGCCCCCAGGAGCAAGCUUGUCGAGGAUCUGGUUGACGGUGUGAAGUAUGCCGAGGGGUUGGAGAAGGAGAGGAGAGGUGGGAAAGAGGAUGUCAAAGCCGUCCUGAUCGCGCAUUCCAAUGGCGGACAAUUGGCACAGUACGCUCUUAGCAGGGGAUUGGUUACCGUUGGGGGGUAUUGCCAUUUUGCAGCCGUACCGGCGUUCGGGUCAUUCUCCUGCUACAAAUUCUGGGCUCCUACGGCCAUCUUCCACAUGUACUACCGCUGCUUUCAUCCACGCUACAUCCUCGCGUCAAUAAAGCAGGUCAAAGACGCAUUUUUCCUACCAUCCACCCCAGAUUCUCAAGUCCAGGAGUUUUCACGCCUGCUCUCCCCUUACGAGAGCAUGCUCUGGGCUCCUCAGGGCCUAUUCGCUUUCGUCACGGGCCCGGACGUCCUGAGGUCCAUUGCAGGAUGGCGUGUUGGAGGGCCAGAUAGGAUGUUGGUGCUCGCUGCCGAACGUGAUGUCUUGUGCACGCCGGCGCUGUUGAGGGAUGCGGCGGCGAGGUAUAGAGCGGGUUUAGAGAAAAUGAUUAAGAGCAAGGAGGUUGAGGGUGAAGCGGAUAGGGAGUGGGAGGGAGUGCGGUUUAGGUUUGUGAACGGGCUGCCUCAUCAUUUGCAGAAUUCGGAGGAAUGGGAGAGGGGGGCGGAAGAGGUGUUGGAGUGGGUUGAGCAGCUUUGAGGGCUGGGUGAUAGGAGGCGGUGAUGGUCUGUUGAUACCGGCAUGUUGCGUUAAGAGUGGCAGAAAUGGGGCGAGUCUGAGUCUCUAAUGAAGGUGGAUUUCAGUGUGGUGGAAAGAGGGACAAUCCUUUUGCUGGUCUAAGGGAAGCGGAUUGAGGGAUGCGGGUGUUUGGCUUCUCUCCUCUCUGUCGCUGUUCUACCCUAUGUAAUAUACCAUAUCCGAGCUGUACAAGCGUACCCCGUCCUGAUUUGUACGGCGGUAUUCCCCAUAUAACUGAACAUCGGCCGACGUUCCUCGGUUCUGCAAUAAUUUACAAGAUUAUAUUUUCU